AUGAAAAAGGCAUACGGCCUUCAAAAGGCAGCACAAACAGUGGAGAAAGCACUCUUCUUGGUUGCAGCAGGCUCAACUGAUAUUGUCAAUGAUUUCUAUAUGCAGCCACUCACUAGGGCUAAGUACUCUUACUCUGCCUACAUUCAAAUGUUGCUCCAAAAUAUGGAGCAUUUCAUUAAAAAAUUGAGAAAAGCCAGUGCUAGGAAGAUAGCACUGGUUGGCGUUCCACCGAUUGGGUGUAUGCCGAUAGAUGCCUUCACCAACAUCCCGCUGAUCAAGAACGAGAGUGGCGACCCUCUAAGGCCCGAGUGCAGAGAUGACCACAACUCUGACGCCCAACAAUACAACACUAAUCUCGCAACCCGGGUGAAGAAGAUGAUGGAGGCAAUGCCUGAUCUUAAGAUUGUCUAUGUGGACUACUACAACCCUAUGAUGAACAUGAUCAACAAGCCAUACCAAUAUGGGUUCAAGACUACACUAACCUCAUGUUGUGGAACUGGUGCAAUCGAGUUGGUGCCUCUUUGCAAUAUGGUCUCCCUCAUGUGUCAUGAUCAUUCAGAGUAUGUAUUUUGGGAUUCAGUUAAUCCCACAGAAGCUGCUUACAAAGUUGUUGCAAAGAGUUUCAAAGACAGAGCGCUUAGUCAACUUUUUCCUGGAGUUAAGAAUUAA